CCAAUCAACGGUGUCCAGCAGUUUGAACAAGAAGCGGUUCGAGCGGAUUCAGACAAUUUAACAAAUGACCGAUUGAAAAAAUGUCAGUUUUGAGAAUGGGUUAAAACAGAAAUUUAGAGGGCUUUCAGCGAGUUCCGUCGAGCACCGUUAAUAAGUUGUAAGGACGUCGAUAUAGUCAAAGCUCGAGUUGUUAUUAACCAGCUAAAAAGGCGAGCUAUCUGGCUAAACUUGACUGACUAAUGUUAACGUUGGUCACCUCUAGAUUAGUGACUUUAUAUGCUUUUAAACACCUCUUUGCUCGGUGAAAUUUGUUUUAUUUGGCAUUUUAGUGCGCUCAUAGCUGCAAUUUCAAACAUGAAGCCUUUAAAGCCGUUAUUUAUGAAGACAUAUGGCAAGCAGAUCCGAAAGGUCUCCGCCUGGAUAUCACCUGAAAACCGCAAGCAGGCCUUCGAUAGUACACGGUCAACAGACGGUGACACCUCCGUGUUUGAACCAUCAAAACCUACGAAGAUAAGAAAGAGGAAGACUAGUGUUUCCAGUCAUAGAGCAACGCGUCCUGCCAAGAAAAAGGCCAUGCUGUGUCUCAUUGAAAAGAGCUUUAAUGAGGAUAAUAUCCCGUCUCCUACCUGUCCUCAGCCUGCUCAGCACAACAGGAUGACCAGAGAGAAGAAGACUAGUGGUUCCAGGAGUGGAGCAGUCCAUCCUUCCAAGAGGAAAGCCAUGACUUGUCUGACAGAGACCAGCAGUGAUGAGGAGAACAUCAGCAGGUCCUCUCCCCCUCAGCAGAAAAAGACAACCAGCAGGAAAAGCCGGCUUGUGCCUGUUUCAGGAGUCUUGAUGAGACGAAGAGGUCAGAAAUUUUCAAGCACCAGUGAAAGGGAAGACUCGACAUCCUCUACAAAAUGUCAGAAAAACUCAGUUCAAAUGAAGACAGACUCUACUGUUCAUCUUCCUUCUGCGGGUCGCUUUGUAACCCGCCGCAGACGUGCUGUUGCUGCUAAACCCAAAUUACCUAAAGCAACUCUCAGUAUACUCAACUCUUCUGAUGACUUCACUUCUGGAGCCUCUGGUUCUUGUAGGAUUGUUUGGCCUUCUAAGAGGAGGAGGCACCCCCCAGCAUUUGUGGUGUCAAGUGCAGAGAACUCAGUGAAUGCUGCAGGGACUGCCAGCUUUGCUGCCAACCCCUCCCAAGAGAUAUCCCUCAAUGAGUUGGCAGAUCACAGCCUUGAACCCUGCCCCAGGAAACCCAUAUUUUGCUCUACACCUUCGGCAGGCCCCUUCAGUAAACGGCCAUAUCUUAAACCCUUACCUAUGAAUGACCAAUCCACCCCUCCAUCCAUGUCACUAAGCUGUAUAGGUGUCUUGAGUACGUUCCAAGAGGACCUGGAUUCAUCAGGGCAGCCUGUCUUCACACCACGUUCUGCACCACCAAUUGAGCUUCAUUCUGAGGAGAAGCCACAGUCAAGUUUUGGUGAAGCUUCUGCUGAUUUAUUUAUGGAGGCCAAGAGCUCAAGCAAGAGAAGUAGCUGUAGCGAGGAAGCCAAAAGCCACCGUGAAGACAUAAAAACCAAGAAAGCUGGGGGAUUACCAAGUCUAAAUCUGAUAUCUACAGAUGACAGUGAAUGCAGCAGUCACUUUGUGUCAGCAGCUGGAGGGUUAGAGUGGCUGGUACAGGCUCUGAAGGAGAAAUGUUUGACCGAGCACUGCACUGUGCAGUUGGAAAGAUUGUACGGCUUCACUGUGACUCAGCUCUGCAGUCAAACACCCUACUCGUCCUGUUUGGAACAUUCAAGCUCGGACCAUAGCCAGCAAACAAAUGAACAUCCACUCUCUGUGCACAGCAUUCAAACCACUGACAUUUCACGUUUCUCUGAUCCAUCAUUUAAUCUUAAUUUAUCGGUUACAAACAAUAAGACCAAUAGUUAUUUACAGUCGAUAAAUAGCGAGUCUUGUGAACCUGCAGCUUCAGUGACCGACAGUCAGUGCACUAACAGUGUAGUUGACUCUAAGCACUCAGCUGAACACUCAUCUUCAAAGGAACCCAUGGAGCGGUCAGCAUUAGCGCUGCAUGUUCAGUCUACACACCACACAGACAGUAGUAUUGAGUUUAUCAUGGGUGCACAAUUACCAGGUAACAGCCCCUUACAAGCUCUAUUUACAGAAGAGGAGGCUGUAGCAGUAAAAGAGAAAUGCCUCACUCAGAAAUGCACAGUUCAGCUCCAAAAAAUGGCUCUGUCACAAAUGACUGUUCAGCAACUCAAAAGGUCCCUGCAGCAGGAAGAGGAAGGUUUGUAUUGUGGUGAAAAGUCUGAUCUUCCAGAUGCAAAACGAUCUGAGAGUAACCACACACAUAACACUGACGACCCUGAAGAUCACACGCAUUCUGUAGAAAUCACAACAAUGGCGUCUGUUCAACAGCCAGUAAACAACAGCAGUUCAGCAGCUGAGGUGCAGUAUGAUGAUCCAGAAAUGGAAAAGAGGGCAGCAGGGCUCACAGCGAUGCUAAAGGAGAAAUGUCUAACUGACCAAAUCACUAUUAAGACAAAGAGACUAACUUUAUCACAGUUGAAAGAAUUUCUGCAGCUCAGAGACAGAAAACUUAAAUCACAUGCAAGCAUGUCAGACGAUGACCAGUUUGAGAGUGGUACUAACCACUCGAAUGCUGCCAAGAAAGUCAUUAUGAAAAAAAGAGGUGCAACCAGGUCUGAAGACAAGAUUGCUUCAGACAAAGAAGUUGUAAACAACAACUCUUGUGUUCCCCACAAAAGAAAAAAAACCUCUCUGGCUCCUAAAGAAAAGAAAAGGAGGAGCACGUCCAUGGAAAGAUCUGGGACGUCCAGGAAGGCGUGUGUGAGUGGUCUGAGUGUGAGUCGCUGGAAGAACAAAGACGGCGCCAGCACACAUUUGUUCAGGAGCAGGACCGCGCAGACGGGUGGCAACAGGACUGUUGACUGCAGCAUCAACGAGUUCAUCUCCACGCAACACAAACAGCCCAGGGAGCUGUUGGGAACCACCAUGAAUUUCUCCACCCCGGGGAGAGUGAGUCGGCUCAACAUCUCGUCUCUAUUGGCUGACGUCACACCAAACACACACACCUGGAGCCGACUCAAAGCUGCCCUCUCUGUUCAUCGCAAAGUGCUGUGCACUCCAGGGAGAUCAAGUCCAUGGGAGUCAGGCUCUCCAAGAAGAGCAGAGUUGGUGGAUGUCAGCCAGGAUCUCUUCGCCACUCCCUUUCGGUCAUUGCUCCCCAAAGGCCUCCGAUCACAGCUGCUCAACAGCAGUUCCCAGGUUGAGUGUGAAGAUGCAGAUCUGUCGGAUGCAGAGAAAGUGUAUGCUGAAUGUGGUCAACAGCGCCCUCUGCCCUGGGAGGAGUGUAUACCCCCUCAGCGCAUGAAACAUUGUGUGAAGAUAGGAGAGGGGACCUUUGGUGAGGUCUUCUCCACCACCAAUGCCUCAGGAGAAACCGUUGCACUCAAAAUCAUUCCAGUAGAGGGCAGUGAGAAAGUGAAUGGAGAAGACCAGAAGACCUUUGGAGAGAUUCUGCAUGAGAUUAUCAUCUCAAAGGAGCUGAGCAGCCUGAAAGAGAAGCAGCAGAACCAGACUCAUGGAUUUAUUGGACUCAAAGACCUCCACUGUGUUCAAGGCUGCUACCCUGCCGAUUUCCUGAAUGCUUGGGAUGCCUUUGACCAGCAGAAAAGCUCUGAGAAUGACAGACCAGAUUGCUUUCAAAAGGAUCAGUUAUUUAUAAUCCUGGAGUUUGAGUUUGGAGGUAUCGACCUCGAGAACAGCAAUGGAACGCUGAUGUCUCUGGGAGUGGCAAAGAGCAUCCUACAUCAGGUUACUGCUGCCUUGGCUGUUGCUGAGCAGGAGCUUCACUUUGAACACAGGGACCUCCAUUGGGGCAAUGUGCUUGUCAAACCGACCAAGGAAAAGAGGGGGAGCUUCCUCCUGAACGGAACAGCCCACUCUCUGGAAACCAAAGGGGUGCUGGUUCGCAUCAUUGACUACUCUCUCUCUAGGCUAGAAAUCGAUGAUCUGACGGUGUCUUGCGAUAUCUCAAAGGACGAGGAGCUGUUCAUGGGCCAGGGGGAUUACCAGUUUGAUAUCUACAGACUGAUGAGACAAGAGAAUGGGAACAACUGGAGUAACUACCACCCCCAUACCAACGUGCUGUGGCUCCACUACCUGUGCUCCAAGCUGCUUUCCAUGAAGUACCGGGGCUCAGGAGGGAGGGGUGCCAAGGACAUGCGAGAGGCGCUCACUCGUUUCUAUGACAACGUCCUCCAGUACAGAUCUGCCAGUGAGGCACUGCAAAACUGCCCCAUGUUUCAGUAGUAAGUGAGCACCAAACACAUGAAGUGUGAGGAUGCUCACACACAGACUGAUUUUUAGUGAGAAGAAUCUGUAUUGUGUCUCCGUCACAAGCCGGCCUCCCUAUCAGCAGUCUGCCUGUCAUCACUGAUUGCCUCUGGCAUGUAUUGACUGUUAUUGAUCCCCCUGUAACCCAACAGUAGAGAUGAAUGUCACUUAAUGUACUAUUUCCAGAAUUGUCAUUUGACAAAGGUUAUUAAAAUUAACAUUUACAUGA